GUUCCAAAACAUUCUUGUGUGCUGUAGCCUCAAAGACUUUGCAUAAAGUAACCCACAACGCCCGCAACAAGAACAAUCAAACUACAGAAACUCUUAACGCAACACCAAGAGCAAAAUGGAGCAAAUAAACUUCCUCAACGUCGCGAACAUAACUCCGUCGACUUUCGACAACUUAGCAACUUUGGUAACUCAACAAAUGGCUUCGAAUGUCUCUUUAGAGGGCCAGUUUCCUCAGUCCCCGAGUCUUGAUGAUCUUCACCAUUUCGGAAAAGAUAUUUUAAAAUUCGGCGUGUUGCCUCUAAUUUAUUACUCCAUUUUCUUUUGCAUUUUUAUGCUGUUAUGCACGAUUUUAUUCUUCUUUUUGGUCGGCAGUUACGCGUUGAUCCAAUUUGUACAAGGAACGCCAGCAAAAUGUCGGCAGAUUUUGGCAGAGAAAAAAUUGCAGAAGAUUGUGAAAAAAGUAAACACAAUUGAUUUGAGAAUUCAAAUAAAGGACAUGGAGAUCAAGAUGAAUCAAAUGGAAAUGAAGGUGGAUGGUCUAGAGGGAAAGGUAGAUGAGAAGCUCAUCCAAGAGCGACUUGAUCAUCAGACUGAGAUGCUUGCUUGGAAGGCGCAGGCAAAAAAGGAGAAAGAUGACUUGGAGGUCGAAAUUCCGAAGCUCCAGGAUAAAAUUCAUGACAUUGAGCAACGGUUGAAAAAGAACUUCGUUUACUCUCUAUAAAGGGAAGACUGAUAAGAUAGGCAAAUCCGAGAUGUCGACACGAGAUGUAUUCCGACUCUUUCUUCUUCGGAUUACCAACAUUUGUCACCUUCAAUAAUCCUGCGAACAAUGCAUAUACAUUGAAUAUGCGUUUUGGCAUGUUUGUGUUUCCGGCAUGAGGGAGGGUAUGCGUGGAUGGGUUCGGUUUGUGAUGGAGUAGAGAUUAUGGGAUCAAAGGCUUCAAUGAUGGAUGGCUUUCAUGUCGAGAAGACGUCUUGAUUCUACUUUAAUCCAGUAGUUCA